GGCGCCUCGCCUAUGCUUCAAGCGUGCUUAAGUUUUCCUGAUUCAGUCGGUCCAUCAUAAAUUUUGUUUUCCCUGUAUUAAACCCAUCAAGCCUAAUUUCAAGAGGCUAAGAUGGGUAAACGUGAAGAAAUCGAGGUUCACCUUUCAAUCAAUGGAGAGGAACAUAUCGUAAAAAAAGAGGAUCUUGACCGUUCCCUGACAGCUUUUAUAAGAGAAGUGGCCUUGCUGACUGGCACCAAGGUUGUAUGUGAUGAGGGAGGUUGCGGCGCGUGCACCGUCACUGUGAAAACUGCCCCUGAUGCGGCCCCCAUUGCUGUCAAUUCUUGUUUGGUGCCGAUAUAUUCGUGCCAUGGCUGGCAGGUGACCACCAUCGAAGGGCUUGGCAGUACAUCCGAAGGGCUAAACAAGGUCCAGGCGGCGAUUGCUGCUGGCAAUGCUACACAGUGCGGCUUUUGCACUCCCGGUUUCAUCAUGAGCGCUGCUAGCCUAUUUGAAGGAAGCGAGCGUGAGGUGUCAAUGUCUGAAGUUGAAACUGCUCUCGCCGGCAAUUUGUGUCGUUGCACUGGUUACAGGCCUAUUUUGGAGGCCUUUAAGCCCUUCUGUGCAGACGCCUCUGAAGAGUGCAAGGCUAGGGUGUCCGACAUUGAAGACCUUUGUCCGAGAAAAAAAUUUUGUGGCAAAAGGCCUGAGAAGUGCGAGGAAAUAAAAGUUCCUUUGACCUACAACGUUGCCCUGGAAGAGUCUGGUGGAUUCUUUGCAAAAGUUCAAACGUGCAAAGAAGUUACAGAGAUGUUAAAAAAGAAUCCGGACUGUUCCUUAGUUGCUGGCAGCACUGCCCAUGGGAUUUUUCACGAGUUGCUUGGCAAAGCUAAGAAAUUCAUUGACAUCCGUGACUUGCCAGAAUUGCGUUCAACACUCUUCAAUGGCAAAAAAGUGGUCCUCGGCGCCGCACUAACUAUCACAGAAACGCAAAAUUUCAUAAGAUCGCUCAGCGAUAAGCCAGGCUUCAAGUACCUGAAGUUUAUUGACACUCACAUAAACUGGAUUGCAAAUCUUCAAACUAGAAAUGUUGGAACAAUUGGUGGAAACAUCGCGUUGAAGUACUUGAUUGACUCCUCUUUCGCCUCUGACCUAUUUGUAAUUUUUGCUGGAGCAAAUGCGCAAAUGGAAAUAAUUAACAAGGAUGGCAAAACAGUGAAUUUGCAAAUGACAGAUGAAUCUGUGCAGAGGAAUUUCCAGAAAAUAGCACUAAUUAAAAGCUUUUCUUUGCCCUCAUUACCAGACAAGGAUAUCAUUUACCAAACUUUUAGAGUUUCAAAUCGUACACUAAAUGCAUCUGCAUAUGUGGCUGCCGCGUUCCUCUUGGAAUUAAAAGGCGACGUGAUUGUGAGAUUGGAGAGUGUGCAGGACGGCGCCUGCUUCAAGAGUAACCCCGAUUUGCAAAAUUCACUUACGGUCGCACUGCUCAACAUUCAGGGUAAAAAGCUUGCCGAAGUGCUUGCAAAUAUUGAUUCACUAAUUGGCACUGACUGCUCACAACUGCCUUUAAAUUUGAUCAAGAAAUUUUUGCUGAGCUUCACUGAUAAGGCCCCAUUGAAUGUGCAAUAUGAGUUGUCCAGAGGCGUUCAAGAGUUUGAAACCGAUGCUUCAGUGUGGCCUUUGAAUCAACCAGUCAUCAAAAUUGAGGCCCUUCAGCAAUGCGCUGGAGAGUCCAUGUUUGUAAAUGACAUGCCAGCAAUGACAGGCGAGUUGCACGCAGCGCCGAUUUUAAUUUCUGGGAAACCAGGUAGCAGAUUUGAUUUGGACGCUUUGGUCACUGACGUUGAAAAAGAAUUUAAGAGCUCCGGGGUAGUCGCAGUUAUUACCUACAAAAACGUACCUGGGAUAAAUUCCUUCAUUCCGCUUGAUUACCACUCGUCUAUGGUGGAAGAGGAGGAAAUAUUUUUCUCUGGAGAAACAAAGGUGGACGGUCAGAUGAUGGGAUUAGUGGUGGCAAAGACUAGGGCUAAGGCGCUGGCCGCUGCUGCUAAAGUCCACUCUCGGUUAACUUACUGGAUGUACAGAUGUGAAGUACGAAAACCCACACUGACUAUAGAUGAGGCCAUGAAAAAGGGGGGCCGAAAUGUCAUAGUAGGUCCUGCGAAAGGCAGGGCUGAAAAUGACAAACUUUUGCAAGGAAUUCACAAAAGCAUUUCUGGAAAAAUGGAGAUCGGAAACCAGUUUCACUUUUCAUUAGAGCAGCAAUCGUGCGUGUGCGUGCCUGAGGAGGGUGGCAUGAAGGUUUACAGUGCCACGCAAUGGCCAGACAUGGUGCAGUGUAGCGUUUCCAGGGCGCUCAAAGUUCCAGCCAAUACCGUUCAAGUAAAAGUGAAAAGAAUUGGCGGAGGCUUUGGGGGCAAAAUUACACGAGCGACGCACGUGGCUGUUGCGUGUGCGGUGGCUGCAAAUGCUUUAAAGCGACCUGUCCGGUUGGUUCUCGACUUAAAGGACAAUAUGCGCUUGCUUGGUGGUAGAGCUGCCCUCAAAACAGAGUUCAAAGUAGAUGUUGAUAAAGAGGGAAAAAUCCUCAACUUGGACAGCGCCAUUUAUCAAAAUUGUGGGCACUCGGUGAAUGACUCGCCCUUGCUGUACAAAACUGUCAAAUUCUAUUUCGACGUUGGCUACGACAGCUCCAGAUUCCGCGUGUCCCCAUUUGAAUGUCUUACUGACACCCCUUCCACCACUUGGUGCCGCGCACCAGGGUCAACAGAAGGCGUGGUGUUCAUUGAAGAAGUUUUUGAGCACGUGGCUGCAGAGCUUGGUCUUGACCCGUGGCAAGUGCGAAUGGCCAAUUUAUCUGAAAAUGAUAGGAAGGACAGUCCAUUGCCACAAAUGGUGCUCGAUCUCAAAGAGAAGUCGAAUUUUGAGCAGCGCAAAAAAGAAAUCGAAGAGUUCAACAACCAAAACAAAUAUAUGAAAAAGGGAAUCGCGCUCUUUCCUCUAAAGUACCCGUUCUUGCUUUGGGGAAAUUACCACGCCACAGUGUCUGUGUAUCACGUUGACGGCUCCGUCUCAAUUACCCACGGUGGCGUUGAAAUGGGCCAAGGCAUCAAUACAAAGGUGGCUCAAGCAUGUGCAAGUGCCCUUGGCAUUAGUCUAGACAAGAUUAAAGUGGAGGCCGUGUCUACACUGACCGCGCCAAACGAUUCUGUGACCGCCGCCAGCAUUGGCAGUGACACGUGCUCCCUGGCCGUCACGAGGGCCUGUGCGGAAAUAAACAAGCGGCUUGAACCGGCCCGAAAGGCGCUAAGCGCCGAUGCAACCUGGCUUCAGGUCAUUCAAAAGGCUUAUGAGACCAACGUCAACUUGUGUUACAACUACAUGUUCUCGCCAACGGAUGAGACAAUUGCUUAUGACAUUUAUCUCGCUGCAGUAGCCGAGGUCCAUCUAGAUGUGCUGACCGGACAGAAAAAGGUAGCCAGAGUGGACGUCCUUGAAGACGUGGGACGCAGUUUGAGUCCUCUGGUGGAUGUUGGUCAGAUUGAGGGUGCCUUUGUGAUGGGUCUCGGCUACUGGCUCUGUGAGGGCUACGUUUUUGACAAGGAAAAUUACGGCCGACUGAUCUCUGUGGGAACCGGGGAUUACAAGAUUCCUGGUACUAAGGACAUUCCAGAGGACUUCAGGGUUUAUUUUAGGAAAAACGCUCCAAAUCACCAAGGCGUUCUGCAGACUAAAGCGUCUGGAGAGCCGGCCGUGACCGUGAGCGUAGUGGUUUUGUACGCCCUGAGGAACGCAAUUGCAGCUGUGUGGAAGGACCACGGGAUCACCAACAAACACGUCAAAAUCGACUUACCUGCUACUCCUCAAAACAUUAUCAAUGCCAUUUCUGGCAGAGGUCAAGAUCAAAAUUGAUAUUGAAAGAUUAUCAUUAAUAUUUUUGGUGUGGGCAUGAGAAGAUAAUAAUUUGUUUUCACGUAGUAAAUUUUAUUGCACUUAAGCGUGUUAUACUUUUACAAUCCAUUAUAUAAUUAAUUGUGUAGCAAAAAAGAUCACUUAUAUACAAACUGAGGUGUCAAACGAUAUAAAAUAAUAAAACUCUGGACGAAACAACA